AGGAAGGAAGAAAAGAAGGAAGGAAGGAAGGAAGAGAAGACAAGACAAGAGAAGAGGAGAAGAGAAAAGAAAAGAAGAGAAGGAAAAGAGGAGGAAUCCAGAGGAGCAGAGGAGGAAACGCAGGGCAGGCAGGCAGGCAGGCAGGCAGGAGGACGGUACUCCAGCGGCAGCAUCCAAAGGCCAGAGUGGGGACCCGUGCUGCCUCCGCCGCUCCUCGGAUGGUGACGGGGCCCCGCCGCGGCCGCAGCCCCCCCGCGCCCCGGCUCCGCAGGCCCGCAGCGCCGGUGCCCCGCAGGAAUCAUGCCCAGAUCCUUCCUGGUCAAGAAGGUCAAACUUGACACGUUCUCCUCGGCGGACCUCGAGAGCUCCUACGGGCGCGCCCGCAGCGACCUCGGAGUGCGACUGCACGAGAAAGGAUACCUCAACGACUACGCGGGGCCCGCCUCCGUCUACGAUGGCGAUGCCGAGGCGGCCUUGCUCAAAGGGCCGUCCCCAGAGCCCAUGUACGCUGCGGCCGUGCGUGGAGAACUGGGCCCGGCGGCCGCGGGCUCGGCACCGCCUCCUACCCCGCGCCCAGAGCUGGCCACAGCCGCGGGCGGCUACAUCAACGGCGACGCCGCCGUCAGCGAGGGCUACGCGGCUGACGCUUUCUUCAUCACCGACGGGCGCUCGCGCCGUAAGGCCGCCAACGCCGCCGCUCCCUCCACGGCCUCUGCCGCAGCUGCCGACUGCGACGGCGGAGGCGGGGCCGGGGCGGGUGCGCGCGGCGCGGGGUCGGGGGCCGGGGGCCGGGGCGGCGCGCGCGCGGGGGUGAGCGCGGAGGCGCGCGCGGGGCCCGGGGCUGGGGGCGCAGGGGGCCGGCACGCUUGCGGCGAGUGCGGGAAAACGUACGCCACGUCGUCGAACCUGAGCCGCCACAAGCAGACGCACCGCAGCCUGGACAGUCAGCUGGCGCGGCGCUGCCCGACGUGCGGCAAGGUGUACGUGUCCAUGCCGGCCAUGGCCAUGCACCUGCUCACGCACGACCUGCGCCACAAAUGCGGCGUGUGCGGCAAGGCCUUCUCGAGGCCCUGGCUGCUGCAAGGCCACAUGCGCUCCCAUACAGGCGAGAAGCCCUUCGGCUGCGCGCAUUGCGGCAAGGCCUUCGCCGACCGCUCCAACCUGCGCGCGCACAUGCAGACGCACUCGGCCUUCAAGCACUUCCAGUGCAAGCGCUGCAAGAAGAGCUUCGCGCUCAAGUCCUAUCUCAACAAGCACUACGAGUCUGCAUGCUUCAAGGGCGGCGCUGGCGGCGGGGGCCCCGCGGCCCAGGCGCCCGCCGCUUCGCCGCGGCUCAGUCCUGUGCAGGCCUAG